CUCAGAACGCACACACACUCUCUGCUUCAGCACAAACACACACAUACACACACACACACACACACACACACAGAUGGCACUUCCUGCUAAUGCCGCUGCCUCGUUGAGCUUCCCGGUGAUCCACAUGGAGAAGCUUGAGACCGGGGAAAGGGGCGCGACCAUGGGGGUCAUCCGCGAUGCCUGCGAGAACUGGGGAUUCUUCGAGCUGCUGAACCAUGGCAUCUCGGCCGAGCUGAUGGACGAGGUUGAGCGGGUGAGCAAGGCGCACUACGCGGCUUGCCGGGAGGAGCAGUUCAAGGAGUUCGCGGCGAAGACGCUGGAGGCCGGCGAGAAGGGCGACGACGUGAAGGACGUAGACUGGGAGAGCACCUUCUUCGUCCGCCACCUUCCCGCCUCCAACCUCGCCGACCUGCCCGACCUCGACCACCACUACAGGCAAGUGAUGAAGGAAUUCGCGGCGGAGAUCGAGAAGCUGGCGGAGAAGGUGCUGGACCUGCUGUGCGAGAACCUGGGCCUGGAGCAGGGCUACCUGAAGCGAGCAUUCGCCGGUUCAAGGGGCCCGACGUUCGGCACCAAGGUGAGCAGCUACCCACCGUGCCCACGCCCCGACCUGGUCGCCGGCCUCCGCGCGCACACCGACGCCGGCGGCGUCAUCCUGCUGUUCCAGGACGACCAGGUGAGCGGGCUCCAGCUCCUCAAGGAUGGAGCAUGGGUGGACGUGCCGCCCAUGCGCCACGCCAUCGUCGUCAACAUCGGCGACCAGCUGGAGGUGAUCACCAACGGGCGGUACAAGAGCGUGAUGCACCGCGUGCUCACCCGCCCCGACGGCAACCGCAUGUCCCUCGCCUCCUUCUACAACCCCGGCGCGGACGCCGUCAUCUUCCCUGCCCCGGCGCUUGUCGAGGAGCUGUCGGAGGAGGAGGCGGAGCGCGCCGGGAGCGCCGUGUACCCGAGGUUCGUGUUCGAGGACUACAUGAACCUGUACUUGCGCCACAAGUUCGAGGCCAAGGAGCCGCGCUUCGAGGCCAUGAAGGCGGACGCCGCGCCCAUCGCCACCGCGUGAUUAGGGACGUGGUCGUACGUGCCAGAGUCCCGAACAAGAGUAUUUUGGGACGUAUUGAAGUGGUGUAUCGUAGAUAAUUUGUGUAUGCGUGUGUAAUGUUUUCGCUGGUGGCUUCGCAGUGCGCCAGUGCAUGCCGUGAUGCUUGUUUUACCGUACGUGUGAGUCAACUUCUUUUUAUAGUAUGUGUGUUAAGUAAUGUACUCCCUCCGUCCAAAAUUGAACCAAGUCAGAGACAUCUAUUUUGGUACAAAGGAAGUAUUUAUGUAGUA